CGGCGCUCCCCGCCCCCUCCAGGCUCAGCCUUUGCUCAUGGGGUCCUCCGUGCCGGCCCUGGACCCCUCCCUGCGGCGGCGGCCGUCCAGCCCGGGCCACCGGCCGGGAGCCAUGGCCACUGACUCGUGGGCCCUGGCGGUGGACGAGCAGGAGGCGGCGGCCGAGUCGUUGAGCAACUUAAAUCUGAAGGAAGAGAGAGUCAAACCAGAUACCAAUGGUACUGUUGUCAAAUCCAGUGAAAAUGUAGAAAAGACAGAUGAAGAGGAGAAAGAGGAUAGAGCUGCCCAGUCAUUGCUAAAUAAGCUGAUCAGAAAUAAUCUUGUUGAUAACACCAAUCAAGUGGAGGUCCUCCAACGGGAUCCAAAUUCCCCCCUCUAUUCAGUGAAGUCUUUUGAAGAGCUUAGGCUGAAACCUCAGCUUCUACAGGGAGUCUAUGCGAUGGGUUUCAACCGGCCGUCUAAAAUACAAGAAAAUGCAUUACCCAUGAUGCUUGCUGAACCCCCACAGAACCUGAUUGCUCAGUCUCAGUCUGGUACUGGCAAAACAGCUGCAUUUGUCUUGGCUAUGCUCAGCCAAGUGGAACCUUUGAACAGAUACCCCCAGUGUUUGUGUCUGUCACCAACAUACGAGCUGGCACUUCAGACGGGAAAGGUGAUUGAACAGAUGGGCAGAUUUUAUCCAGAACUUAAACUUGCUUAUGCUGUUCGAGGCAAUAAAUUAGAAAGAGGUCAGAAGAUCAGCGAGCAGAUCGUAAUUGGUACCCCUGGCACAGUUCUGGAUUGGUGCUCCAAGCUGAAAUUCAUUGAUCCCAAAAAGAUCAAGGUGUUCGUUCUGGAUGAAGCUGACGUGAUGAUAGCCACCCAAGGCCAUCAGGAUCAGAGUAUCCGCAUCCAGAGGAUGCUCCCUAAGGCUUGUCAGAUGCUGCUUUUCUCUGCUACCUUUGAAGAUUCUGUGUGGAGGUUUGCACGGAAAGUUGUCCCAGACCCAAACAUCAUCAAACUGAAACGAGAGGAAGAGACAUUGGACACCAUUAAACAGUACUAUGUGAUGUGCAAUAACCGCGAUGAAAAGUUUCAAGCCCUUUGUAAUCUUUAUGGGGCCAUCACCAUUGCACAAGCCAUGAUCUUCUGUCAUACCCGCAAAACAGCUGGUUGGCUGGCAGCUGAACUAUCCAAAGAAGGCCACCAGGUGGCCCUUCUGAGUGGCGAAAUGAUGGUGGAACAGAGAGCUGCCGUGAUUGAGCGUUUUCGAGAGGGCAAGGAGAAAGUGUUGGUGACUACCAAUGUGUGUGCUCGAGGUAUUGAUGUUGAACAGGUGUCUGUGGUUAUCAACUUUGACCUGCCAGUGGACAAGGAUGGGAAUCCAGACAAUGAGACAUACCUGCAUCGGAUUGGGCGCACGGGGCGCUUUGGCAAGCGAGGCCUGGCCGUGAACAUGGUAGACAGCAAGCACAGCAUGAACAUUCUCAAAAGGAUCGAAGAACAUUUCAAUAAGAAGAUAGACAGAUUGGACACCGAUGAUCUGGAUGAGAUUGAGAAAAUAGCCAACUGAAAAGCAUUGGCUAGAGUUGACCUACACUCUGUGGAUGUCCAUCUCCAGCUCCAUUUGGACUAUUUGUUAUUCAAAUUGGCAUAAUUCUCAACUAGUCACCAAAAAGGACUAAGGCAGGAAUACAUAGAAAUUACCUACCUCAUUUCAAAUUAUGUUUGGACUUAACAAAAAAAAAAAUUGUGCAAUUAAUGGAGGGAGGGUAGAAAGAGAAAAAAUGUUUACAUGAGCUCAUAAGAUUAGGCAUGAAUACACAGAAAUUACCUUAUUCGCAAAUUUCUCUCUUAUUUAAAGUUUAUGUGUACCAGUCUUAAAUGUAAACUAAGGACCUGUCAAAGCUUUAGUUAGUCUCUGACUCUUGGCCCCCUUGUGGUAGUGUAUAGAUGUCUCUUCUUUCGCCUAGGAUAGGCGUAUGUUAGUGUAUAUACCUGUCUGCAUCUACCUGCAAAAUUGACGUAGUAGAAGUUAGGAAGAAACUGAGUAGUAGGAGCUAUGUAGUGCCAGCCACCAGGGCUGAGCCAUGCUUCACUGUUUGAUUGGGUGGAGUAAGGGAAUCAGAUGUGUUUUAUGAGUUAGAUUUCCUAGGCUAGGAUGAUGGAGCAAAUCUGGGAUAGGGAUACCUUUACCCUUUUGCCAGGCAAAGCAGUAAGGAAUUGGCUGAAGAUUGACAAUUUUACUUAAAUUUGGAACCUUUCUUACAUUUAGGUUUCUUUCCCAGCGUCCUAGCUUAACCUCUCUUGGGAUACACUUAAGGGAAUGACUGGUGUACUGGCAUGAGUCAGUACAAAUGCCGGUGUAGCAUCAUACGUUUCAUUCUACUCCAUGUGGCUGUUCUGCUGGUGCCUGGUAGACAGUAUCUUUCCAGCAUCCCUAAAAUGCCCAGGAUCCUUCAGUAGUAACAGAUGGAAAGUAGACAAAUGGUCUUAGAUCUGUUCCUCUUCAGCAGAACCAGACACUGGAGUCUCUGCUUGUAUGACUCAACUGAAAAAGCCAGAAGGAAGUAUUUGAAUGAGAUUGGAAGAUACCAUGGACACCAUAGCCAGCAGUGGCCACAUAUUGUCAGUCUGGCAUUGCUGUCUAGAUCCAAAAGGUAAAGCUUAGGAGGAAUCACCUGAGAUAUACGGUGUCCUUUCCAAAUAUUGAUUCUAACUUGGUGUCUGAGGUGGUUGGUAUGCAAAUACCUGCAAUCAUAAUUAGAAGUGGACUAGAAAUACCCUUUCGAUGACCUGUUUUAUCUUCAGGCCUAAUUUCAGGCUUAUUUCUAUCUUACUCAUCAGUGGUAACCAAAAAAACCACCCUGGGGCCAUCUUGCACUGAAACUUUUAUACUGGUAACAGUAAUUUGUUCUUUUUAGUAUCUGAACUGGACUGUGCAGCCUCUUUAAAAAAUGACAGAAGGGCAGGAACAGUGUGGAGCCCUAACAAGGAUAAACCACAGCUAUCUCUGUGUGCUUCAAUGUUGCCACCCUCCUGUCCCCCCAGGAUUGGAUAUCUUCAUCUAGGUUUCUCCUCUUUUCUUCAAGAAGAAAAAUCCCUAUUUUAUUGAACAGUUAGCCCAGACUGGUGCCUCUCAAAAUAGCAUGGCCUUCCUAAGCUUCUCACAUCCAAGGAAAGGAGGGGGGAGCGUAGCUAUUUGGUGGAUUUAAGGCAUUUUGGUGGUCCUGAUUUCCUAAACAGAAGAGAUCCAAAGGAAAGGGUGGAGGAACCACUACAGCUUUUCAAGAAAUGCUGCUGCUUCUCUGACUCCACUUUCUCAACCCCAAAGGACUAAUUAUUUUUAUCAUUGAAGAAUUGCUCCAGACACCAGACACGCUAUAAAUGGAUUCUGAGCUUCUCUAGCUAGGGGGGUAGAUGUGUAAGGUAGUUUAUCGUAUCUGUGAGGUAUGCUCAUGGCACAGGUUGCUUUAUAGGUGUCCCCAUCUCUUGGGUUAUAAAGCUUCUUUCUCUCCUGUACACUGUUGGUGAGAGGCAGAACCCAUAGGAUCCUUUGAUAGCAUCUCCUUCAGUCUAAGAAUGGGCAUAUCUUAAUAUCUGCUCUUUUGAGUCCUAAUCAGUGUGGGCUGCACUUACAUAAGAAAGCUGAUCCAUCGUCUUCAACCUUUUGGUUGAUCUUUCUGAGCAUUUUUCCUUGACUUCCUUGAUGCUUUUGGUUCCAUUUUUCCUCCUUGCCUUUUUGCCCAACCCCAUUCUUAAACACAAGGGAAUUUCAAGCUAAUCUUUACCUUUCCUCUUCAUAGAUGAAGUUAAAUGGACAGAAGGAUGGUUUGGAUUAGUUGGGUUGAGAUAAUUGUCUAACCUGAUGGAAAUCUGGUUAAGGGACAGGGAGAGCAGGCUUCCUGCUGGGGUGUUGGCUGGUCCUCCAAGCAUUGUAUCUCAGCUGCUGUUUUAUCCUGCAGAUCUAAGAGAGAAGCAAUAGAGGACAAGGGCCGGUGAGCCUCCAAAGGAUUCUCUAGCAGGAGGGAAAUUAGGAAAUCUAGGAGGGGUGACUGGGUCUGGUCUUUUUUCUCCCUUGAAUAGUCUGUGCUGCUCCUUUAUUGUCUGUGUCUUAUCUUUGCCUUUUCUGUCAGGCUUCUUGAAAGGACCCAGGAGCUGUGGACUGUUGCUGCCUCCACGUGGGCUAUGGCCUUCUUAAUGAAAUCUGCUAAGGCAUGUAGGGCAUGGCCGUGGAUGCUAUGGAGCAUAUGUGGCAGGGAAGAGAGAAAAAUGAAUACAGUAGUCUAGAACUGCUUUAGUAGGAUCGGUUUCUGGUUCUGACCUGUGCCUUUGAGCAGAGUUGCUAAUCAGCACUGGUUAGAACUCUAUAUACUGCCUGUCAAUAGAAAAAUGUCUUCAUUGGCAACUUGAGCAUCAUAUAUGACUGUAUGGAUAAAAAAAUGCCUAACUGUAUAUCCAUUCCCUACUUUGUUACAUUAAUAGAUUUUAACCAAUUAUGAAAAAGAUGUUACUAAGGUUUUUUUCUUAAUUUAUCAAUAUAGGAAGAUAGGGAACAACAUAGUUUUGGUUGCUGGGUUUUAUUUGAUUAGCCCUUUGCUGUUGACUCAUGUUGACACAUGGUUUUAUAAGUUUGUGUAUGUGCUGAAAUUAUUAUUCUGUACCUUUAACCCUAGGGUGGCCACUGUAUCGAAGACUAAAUUCACAGAAACUCAAAUCACAAGGACAUUGUGGUCAGCCCCUUUUGGGAGCCUUACACUCCUGAUCUCUGAUUAAAAAAACAAACAAAAGGAUAUUUGGCACUGCAAGCUCUUCAGGAAAAAAAAGGCAGUAAAAGUAAAAUAAAAUGUCAUUAUGUUCUACCUUCUCAGCCCAGGGAAUGGAGAUGGAUGAGGCUUCAGGGUUGUUUUAUCACCACUUAUUUUUUUUUUUAAUUAACAUCAAGACUUGUAUAAUGGUCCAGGAAUUGAGAGAAAAAAAUUUUUUUUUGAAGUGUGAGAUUAUUCAGGCAAGACUUCAUGAAAGAGAAGAAUUUUGAAUUUGGCUUUGAAAGAGCAAUAACAGAAGUAACAGGAACUGGAAGGGUGUGCUCGGUAGACAGAUACUGAGUCGGUACAGAGCUAUAGAGGCAAGGAUAAAUAUGGGGUUUAUAGAGGGACCAAAGGACGACAGUGAAUCCUGGGGAGAGCAGAUUAGAUACGUGAGGUAUAAAUCCUUACAGAGGAAGGGGAAUGGGAACCUGGUAGUCAGUAGGAAAUCAUAAAUCCUGAAGGGAGUGAAAUGAUGGGAUUGGUCUUCUAGGAAGAUCAAUGUGGAGGAAAUGAGGGUCAUCUCCACAGGUUCUGGUCUUUUGUGAAUACUUAUGCGCCCAAUGUCUCACUGAUGCCUUGGCCUAAAAAGCUUCCUUGAUGUUGGGACCUACCAGGGGAAAAGACCUAACUAUAAUAGCUUUAGUUGUAGAGGGUGAGUGGAGGAGAAAUUGAAGGAAGCCUUUCAGGUUUAUUUUAGCUCUCAGACCCUCAGCUUUUAAAUACUUUAACCCCCUUAGCCUUUAUUUUCAAUUAAAGGGACCUAAGUAGGAGUGAAGGAAAGGCCAGACUGAGGGCCUUCCUUACUUGUAAGCAGCCUUGUGUCCCAGCAUGGAGUGAGGGCAUAAGAGACCACGACAGGGAUAUUUUGUGCACUCCAGGAGCUUUCUGAACUUUUGAGGACCCCUGUCUAGAGCUGAAUACUUUGGGGUUAAUUGCACUGCUGUGUGACUAGACCUCAGCUCUCUAUCCAAUUUACUGAACUAGAGGAGACAAGAGAAUAUCCAGUCUGUGGGCUCUGUGGCCCCAGGAACCAUAUGCCAAUUGUUGUACCUCUGAACUGGCUUAUUAUUACUACUCCUAGAAACCAGGAAUGAAUGAAAACUCAACCACAUUAUUUAUGCAUAGAAAAAAUUUUGAUUAAACCAAAAGUCUGUUAACUGCAUUAAAUUCCUGGGGUGGAUUCGGGAGCACUCAGUCGUGCCAGCACAAUGGAAGUAGGCCAAUUCUCAAUAAUGUGUUGGUUGUUAAUUUUAUUAACCUGUAAGCUAAACUGAAUCAUACUGUAACAGACAAAUGUUUUAUUUUUUGAACAACAGACUUAAUGAUUUUUCACUUCUCUGGACAGCAUCCCUCGUACCAUUCAUUGUUGCCUUUUUCUGAACACCUUGAUGCUGGAGGGAGUGGUUUCAGACAGAACCCGGGUAACUGCACGAUCUGCAAAGUACAGAAAACUGACAUAGUUAACAAGUGAGUCUUACUAUGUGCACCAUUAGUCAAUCUCUCUGGGCAAGUCAGUGCUAAUAGUUUCCUAAGGCCAUCUGUUCAUUAUGGCUCACAUUUAUGUGCUGAAUACGUAGCCACUCAGUAAAUACUUUUCAAAUUUAAGUAACCUAGGUCUUCUACUUUGGAGUAUGCCAAGUAGUUAAGAUGUCAUGUAGAAUAAUAAGUUAGAUUGGGAGUAUUUUAUUCUGGAGUCAUCUGUGAGGACUGCCUUACCUCCUUAAAAUGUCAAGUUCAUUUAUCCAGUGAAUGUCUAGUCUUCAAACUCAUAGUGGCUUCUUGUAAAAUGGGUUGUGUAUGAGCAGCAGAGAUCAUGUAGGUCUCACAUCUGUUUCAUGCUUCCUGCUUGAGAAAUCCCUGAAACAUAUUUCCUCUUAGUGCCCCAUUUAACCCACUAUAAGAUGGUUUGUGAAAUGUUUUAUUUCAUACUCUCCAGAAGCUUCACAAGUGUGAAUGAAGUAAUAGAAUGUAUGCUCCUUGAGAGUAGGGAUUGUCUCAAUCUUUGUAUUCCCAGCACAGUGCCUGAUACAUAGUAGGUGCUUAAUAAAUGUUGAUUGAUUUAUUGAUUGGUGGAUUCUUUUCAAGUUGCUGUCGAGGGAAAAGUUCCAAGGACUUGACAUUAUCACCAUUAUUUUAACUACAGCCAGCAGGGUAAUUCUCUGCAGCUAUUUGCCUAACAGGAAAAAUAAGACAAU